AUGUAUAGUCUGUUUCAUUUAAGCAUUAACUUAUGUUUCCCAUUUGACGUACCUGAAGAUGACAAAGAACAUACCCCAGGUUGCGAUAGCUUCCAAAGAGCUGACAAAUCUCCAGAUGUGACAGCUUACAGAGAACAGAUUAACGAUGUAACAUCGUAUAUUGAUUGCAGCCAUGUUUAUGGUAGUUCUGAAGAACAGGUAGCAACCCUUAGAGAUACGAUAGACCCAUUCCUUCUGAGAACUUCCCCUGGAAAUAACUUACCUGAGAGGGUAAAUGGGUUUUGUCGCAAGAAACCAGCGUCAACGGAUUUUUGCCAAUUAACAGGAGAUUCAAGAAAUGACCAAGUACCUAGUCUCCAGUUAAACCAUCUUGUUCUAGUAAGGGAACAUAACAGGCUCGCUAAAAUGCUAAAACAAAUCAACCCAUACUGGGAUAAUGAUAGAGUUUUCGAAGAAACACGAAGAAUAGUCAUAGCUGAGAUGCAGCACAUUACCUAUAAUGAAUACCUACCAGCCAUUCUUAGUCCUAGAACAUUGAGAAAGUUCAACCUUAAACCAAAGAAAUGUGGAUUUUAUGACUGCUAUAGUGAUAAAAUUGAUGCCUCGGUAAGGAACGCUUUUGCAGCAGCAGCAUUUCGAAUGGGACAUUCACAAACGAAGAGGGAACAGUCAUUGCUUGCAAAUGAUUACAAAACCAAAACUACCGAACUUCUUGUAGACAACUUUUUCUCUCCGCACCUGGUUCAAACAAAUCAAGGAGCCAAUGUUAAGGAUUUCAUGCGAUGGUUGACUUUUACACCAGCUAAUGAAAUUGACAGCUACGGAGUGAAUGCAAUGCGAAACAGGCUGUUUAAUCGUAGCAUAGAUUUGUUUUCAACCAACACACAAAGGGGGCGUGACCAAGGUGUACCAGGAUACAAUGACUGGAGAGAAUUUUGUGGCCUGAAAAGAUUGACGUUCCAAGACUUCCCUACAAAGUUACAGUAUGUCCUUCAAGACUUAUAUGCAUCUUGUGACGAUGUCGAUCUGUUUGUUGGCGGACUUCUUGAGAAGUCCAAGAAUGGGCGUGUUGGAGAAACUUUUGCAUGUUUAAUUGGUAAACAAUUUCAUCAGACUAAACAUGGAGAUCGAUACUGGUAUGAAAGGGAAGAAUGUGGGUUUACAGAGGCACAGCUUAACUCAAUUAGAGAUAUGACAAUGUCCAAAGUGCUUUGUGAGAACCUUGGAUUGGAUCGUAUUCAAAAGAAAGCCUUCAUACGACCUUACAGAGAAAGAAAACUUCAGUUUUGUGACACUUUGCCCGAUUUGAAUUUGUUUCUCUGGCGAGAAAAAGAAUGGCAACCAACACCAUAAUUAACAGACAUCAUAGAGCUUUUGAAGGAGUAUGACAGUAACACUUAUAUUUGAUGACAGCGAAGGCGAGGCAAUACUUAAGUUGUUA